AUGGAAUUGAGCGAGUACGACAUCCAGUUUGAGCCCAGAACUGCGAUGAAAGGGCAAGCAAUGGCUGAUUUUAUCGCAGAGCUCACUCCACCACCUCAGCUGGCCAAGUCCGAUCUCCCUUGGACGAUCUACGUUGAUGGAUCUUCCAAUGAGAAGGGGUGCGGGGCAGGAAUCCUCUUGCUCGCACCAGGAGGUGAGCGAUUUGAGUAUGCUCUGCGGUUUAACUUUCGGACGUCAAACAAUGAGGCCGAGUACGAAGCACUCCUAGCAGGCCUGCGUGUUGCCAAAGGACUGGGGGCCAGUCACAUAAAGGUCUUUAGUGACUCCCAGCUAAUUGUAAAUCAAAUCAAGGAGGAGUACCAAGCGAAGGACCCCCGGAUGGAAAAAUAUCUGGGCAAGGUCAGAUCGCACCUCGCCCAGUUCAGGACUUAUGAGGUAAGUCAAGUUCCAAGAUCURAGAACUCUAAUGCAGACGCCUUAGCCAAAUURGCAUCARCAUAYGAGACCGACCUGGCUAGAUCGGUCCCGGUCGAAAUCUUGGACACACCUUCAAUCUUGGAGSYAGAUGUGAURRAGGUKGAUACUCCAUCACCCACUUGGAUGGACCCAAUCGUGGAGUUCAUCAAAGGAAACCCACCGCAAGAGCCAAAGGAGCAAAAGAAGAUGACGCGAAGAGCAGCUCGGUUCACGCUCCGAGAAKGAAUGUUGUACCGACGUGGCUUCUCCCUGCCUCUCCUYAAGUGUGURACUCCCGAAGAAGGCCUCUACAUUCUUAGGGAAAUUCAUGAAGGGGUGUGUGGAAACCACUCUGGCRCCAGGUCGUUAUCGGCUAAGGUAAUUCGACAAGGGUACUAUUGGCCCAGUGUCGAGCAGGAUGCAAGGYAGUUUGUGAAAGCUUGCGACAACUGCCAGCGUUUCGCAAACAUUAUCCACCAAYCUCCCRAACUGCUCACCCCCAUCUCGRCCCCAUGGCYAUUUGCCCAAUGGGGGGUGGACAUCAUAGGUCAUUUUCCUUUGGGCAAAGGACAAACGAAGUUCGYCGUGGUCGCUGUGGACUACUUCACUAAGUGGGCUGAAGCCGAGGCACUGUCCCACAUCACAGAGUCCAGAGUCACGUCGUUCAUAUGGACAAACAUUGUGUGCCGCUUUGGCAUACCCAAUGCUAUCGUGACAGACAACGGAAAACANCACAUCACAGAGUCCAGAGUCACGUCGUUCAUAUGGACAAACAUUGUGUGCCGCUUUGGCAUACCCAAUGCUAUCGUGACAGACAACGGAAAACAAUUUGACAAUGCAAAGUUCAAGGACUUUUGCAGAAAGCUGGGCAUAAGCCACCUCAACUCGUCCCCUGCACAUCCAAAAGCAAAUGGGCAGGUGGAAGCAGUAAACAAGAUUAUAAAGCGAGGACUCAAGCUAAGGUUGGACUCCAAAAAGGGAAGGUGGGUCGAGGAGCUACCUGAAGUUUUGUGGUCAUAUCGAACCACCCCAAGAGAGUCAACUGGCGAAACUCCGUUCUCACUAGCCUUUGGCUCCGAAGUCGUGGUACCAGUAGAGAUCGGCGUACCAACAGACAGAGUAGAACAAUAUGAGCCAGCGAGGAACGAGGAAGAGCUGCUCCUUAACCUGGAUUUUUUGGAAGGGAAAAGGGAAAUAGCUCAACUGCGCUUAGCAGAGUAUCAGAACAGAAUGUUCAAGGAAAAAGCAAUAGAAGAGUCAGAGCUAGAUACAGAGCUAAAGCUUAUAGACCUUGCAGCUCUGCCCAAAAAGAGAGAAUAUAUGUAA